CUCUUGACACAGCCAAACGAAAAGCCAAAGGCGGUUGCCCAAUUCAUUAACACUUCGCAACACCACUUGGUCGCUUUUGUUGCUGGUCGCGUUGCUGCUGGGGUGUGCACGAGGACAAGGACGAUGAUGCGACGAGGUGCGCGUGUCGCAGUGGUGCGACGCACACUGGCCAGCUCCAGUGGCCGCGAUCCCGCCGCGCAGCCGGCGGUUGUGUACCCUUCUCGGGAUGAAUGGUGGGGACGCCAGGCCGGGUCCGGCCACACCACCGUCAGAGCAGGCGAUGAGAGCGGGGAGGAAGUUGUGUUUAGUCAACUGCGAGCGGAGAACCAGGAUGUGCUGUCCAAGAUCCCGGAGGUGCGACAACUCAACCGGUUCCAUCAUGACCUGCGCACGCUGCCGCACAGCAAGGAUGACCUGUUCGCCCACGCGCGUUCCUUCGGCUCCAACCCGGAGCUGGAGGACGUGAUCCUGUUCCACCGCACGUCCAUGAGGGAGGCGGGCAUUGACCGCGACGCCGUCCUGCGCAUGCUCAAGGCCGGCAUGAUGACCUUCUGCAGCCACACGGAGGCGCGCGUGGCCUCGUUCUUCGGUCGGGGCUUCUACACCAUCGGGCCCUGCGGCGAGGAGCUCAUGGCCGCCGUGGGCGAACUCCUCCGCCCAACAGACUUCAUCUGCCUGCACUACCGCCACCUCGCCACCCAGUUUGUUCGACAGAUCCGCAUGGGCCGCAGCCUGUCGGACUCGCUGCUCGCCCGCGCCCGCGCACACACCGUCUCCGCCUACGACGAGGUGACCGGCGGCGUGCACUGCGCCCUCGGCGGCGACGCCCACGACCCGUACUCCUUCAUCGCCACCAGCACGCUCGCGUCUCAGUGCCCGCCAGCCGUCGGGCGUGCGCUCGGCAACGGGCUGGCGUCGCGGCUGGCUGCCGGCUUUGCGCCCGCGAGCGCCGUGAGCUACGUCAGCGUUGGGGACGGCUCCAUCAACAACGCGCACUUCCUCACCGCCAUCAACUUUGCCGAGUACGCCAAGUUCCGCGGGUACAAGUGCCCCGUCGUAUUUGGCGUCACAGACAACAACCUCAGCAUCUCGCUCAAGGGAUACAAGUGGUUCUCCGAGGGGUUUCUCUCGCACGUCAACAUUGCGCGGUUCGUGGCUGACGGGCGGGACAUGGCGCAGGUGUACACCGCGGCCAACAACGCCAUCACCCACGCGCGGCGCAACAAGGAGGCCGUCAUCUUGGCCGUGACAGACAUGCCGCGGCGGUUUGGGCACGCGGCCACAGACCGGCAGGACGCGUACCUGACGCAGGAGGAGAUGGACCUGCACGAGUACUCCAACCCGCUGCUCGGCGCGUGCUUGCAAGCAAUUGACGAGGGCCUGGUGUCGCGGGAGGAGCUGGUGGCCAUGCUUGAUGAGGUGCACGGCGAAACGAUCCGCGCGUUUGACACAGCUACGCAGGAGCCAAAGGUGUCACUGGAGAGCACGCUGCAGCGGCUGCACCGGUCUGCGCUGCCGCCGUGCGAGACAUAUGUGCAAGAGACGUCGAUGGACCGCGUGCGGGCGACCAAGGGCCGCAAGCUCGUCAUGCGCAAGGCAAUGACGCGCGUCCUCGACGAAAUCCUCAACACUUACGACGACGUUGUGUACAUGGGUGAGGACGUGGAGCACGGCGGGUACUAUCUGGUGACGGAUGGGCUGGUUGACAAGUACAACGUGCGUGUGCGCGACUUCCCACCAGACGAAACCAUGCUCGCUGGUGCCGGGCAGGGCUUUUCCCAGGUCGGCCUCACCCCAAUCGUCGAAAUCCCUUACGCAAAGUAUCUCGACUGCGGCAUGGACAUGUUCCUGGAGACCAUCUUCACCACGUGGUUGAGCAACGCCUCCCCCUCAAAGGGCAUGAUCUACCGCCUGCAGGGCUUUGACAAGGGCGUGUUUGGCGGCAACCACCACACGACCAACGUGCUGACGCUGCCGCCGGGGCUGGAUGUGGUGUGCUACUCCUGCGGCGAGGACUAUGCGCGCGGCUGGCGGUUCCUGAUCAAGCGGGCGCGCGAAGGGCGGGUGAUUAUGAGCGUGGACUCCACCAACCUGCUGAACAAGCGGCACCUGCUGCAGGACGACGACGCCUGGCGCCGCACCUACCCGGGGCCCGACGAGGAGAUGCACAUGCACACCGUCAUCCGCUACAGCCCAACAGCUGCAAAUGCAACAACAGCAGACGCAACAACAACUUCAACAACCCAGCAGUCACCCGAGGUAGACGCCACACCUCAGCAGCAGCAGCAGCAGCAGCAGCAGCAGCAACAGCAGCAGCAGCAGCAGCGUGUGCUGUUGGUGACGUACGGCAACGGUGUUCCGACGUGUCUGGAGGCGGCCGAGGAGCUGCGGGCAGAUGGGGUGGAGGCGACGGUGGUGGACACGCCGCUGAUCAGCGAAGUACCGCAUGGGCUGCGCGACAUCCUGGCCAGCAAGGAGUUUGACCGCGUCGUGUUUGCUGAUGUGUGUAAGCAAGGACAGAACCCGUACGCAGGGUUCAUCUGCCAGCUGCAGUCGGAAGGCUACCUUCCCCAGCAUUGGUACUGCGUCACGGCUUGUCCCACCUACAACCCGCUUGGCAGCACCAUCACCUUCCUCUCCAAGGAGGGUGUUGUGGCCGCUGCUCAGCGCCUUCUGACCGAAUGAACACACGGCCACGAUGGAAACCCAACAGCCGACACCAACCACUAGCUCCAUACACGUGUAUGUCGUGUGUAUCGUGUGUGUGUGUGUGUGUGUGCGUGUGUAUGUGUGUGUGUGUGCGUGUGCGUGUGUGUGUGCCAUGUAUCGUGUGCCUCGUGUCACAUCACGUCAAGCAAGUCAGUCUGUCUGUCAGGUCAGCCUGCACAUCAACAACAGACACAGCAAGAAGUGUCCACACUUUGGUGGGUUGAAAAGUGAGCGUCUGGACGAAAGAUUUUCGAC